CGAUUUAAUUGCAAUCAGAGCCAGAAGUUGUGAGCUGCAACAAGUCCAACAGGAUAGGCAGGAAAACAAUGGCGAAGGCAAAUGUUGGCAGGCUGCGUAUUAAAAGUUUAAAUGAAUUGCAACACAUAAGCAGUGCUGAUGAAACACUUAUAAAUUCGGCUAACGACAAAACACCGGAAAAUGCAAAAAAGGCGCCAAACAGAAGAGCUGCAACAACAACAAAGAAGAAGCACAUUGAGAAAUUAGAGGAGAAUGCAGCUGAAAAUAAAAAUAAAACAACAGUUAAACGCGGCGCCAAAAAGGAACCGUUGCCGGGUCAAUUGCGCAUCGACAACUUCUUCAAGAGCUGCGCCAAGAGUUAUAAAGUCGAGAAAAUGGACAAAAAGUUAAAACAGGGUCGCAAACCAACCGGAUGCAAACGCUUGUUUGACAAUGAAUCAGAAUUGGCAACAGAGACAACUGUAACGACAGCGGAAACGGGUUCAGAUGUGGAAUUCAAGCCGCAAACGAAACCCUGUCGCAAGCGGACACAACCACAGCGCAAUGCCAAAGCAAAGUGCAAAACAACACCAUGUGAUAUCAUUGAUCUCUGUUCGGAUGAAGAAGAGAUUGUCAUAAAACAAAGUCCAUCUUGCAAAGCUCCCAAAACCACGCCCGUUAAUGAAAACACUGGAGUGCUUGCUGACUUGGACCCACAGCAAACAGAAGCCAGCAGCUCUAUGGUUGUUAUACCAUGUCAUAAUCUCCCAAACGAAGAGUCAACAAAUGAUGCAUCCGGCAAGGAGAAUAUGCCCCUAAGACGUUCACGCCGACGCCUCCCGCCCUAUAAACUUGUUGAAGGCACCAACUUUGUGGUAGAUGGCUUUCAGUUUGGUGACAUUCCAGGUGCAACGCAUUAUUUCCUCAGUCAUUACCAUGCCGAUCACUAUGUGGGCCUCACCAAGAAGUUCGCCCAUCCGCUUUACAUGAGUCCAAUUACGGCGCGCUUAGUGCGCACUUUUAUACCCAUUGCUGAGCAGUAUUUGCAUGAGAUCGAUGUGGAUGAGACCAUUACAGUCGAUGGCGUUGAAGUCACUGCGUUGGAAGCCAAUCAUUGUCCCGGAGCAAUUAUGCUGCUCUUUAAGCUUAGCACUGGAAAGUGUAUUUUACAUACUGGCGAUUUUCGCGCCAGCUUUGAGAUGGAAUCACUGCCCAUCUUUUGGAAUCAACCUGACAUUGAUCUGCUUUAUCUGGACACCACAUAUCUGGCGGAAAGCUAUGACUUUUGCCAUCAGUCAGAGAGCAUUACACGUCUGUGUCACUUGGUUAGUGAAUUUCACGAAAAGCAUGCCAGGAAACGCAUUUUGCAUGUUUGCGGCUCAUAUGUGAUUGGCAAGGAGAAGUUGUGGCUGGCAUUGGCCAAGGAGUUCUCGCUGCGCAUUUGGACUGAACCACAUCGUCGCAAAGCCAUCGAUUGUCUCAAUUGGCCAGAAUUGCAGGAGUUACUCUGCGAUGAUCCCUUUGAAGCUAACUUGCAUGUGAUCAGUAUGGGCAAGAUAAGCUAUCCACAACUGGAUCAGUACUUUAAGCAAUACGAGGGACAGUAUGAUAUGCUCUUGGGCAUUCGGCCCAGCGGGUGGGAAAAAAAUUCCAAGCCGUCGUAUGGCAAGCGUAUCAGUGUGAUUGGCAUUGAAUACUCAGAGCACUCAAGCUAUAAAGAAUUAGAGCGUUUCGUUCGCUUUCUCAAACCAAAGCAAGUAAUCAGCACAGUUCCAACGGGACGAGAUCUCUGUGUGACGGGCAAUGUGCCCACAAAAUGGUAUCAGUAUGAGGGGUGCGGCCGCAUGAUUAGCAUUUCCUAUCAACCGUCUAUUUCGUCAUACUUUCAAUCCCGACUGCGUUUGCUGCAGUCCAAAAUGGCUAAGCGUGCUAGUAUGGCAGUUAGUCCAAUGAACGUUAAUCAAAAUAAACAGGGAGCAAGCCCUGCGCCAUCGAACGAAGUCAUAAUUCAGGAUGCUAUAGACUUAAUUAAAAAUUAUCUGGCAACUCAUCGCGAUGAUUGAGCUUAAAUGUCGUCAAUGUUUUUGUAUGUUUUUUGUAUACUUAUCUUUUUAAUAUUAAUAAUUGAAAGAACCAUUCGAAUACAAAUAUGUAUGUUUAGUCUGCCACUUAACGCUCUUGAAGCCCUUGCUAUAUUUUUUCACAUAUUGAAUAAACCAAAUGUUAUACAAGGCA